CCUUGGAGAGGAAAGAGUAAACAGGUAGAGCACACUGCAGUGAUCACUCAGAGAGGAGACAGAGGCUGCCGCAGUGUGUCCGCUCCUCUCCUCUGAGAAACACAACACUGGACUCAUUUACAGAUGAAUUUCAUACUUUCUCACACGUGACGUUUUUUCUCCUGUUUGUUUUCUCCUGAAAAUGGUGGCUCUCUCUUCCACCUCAGCUGUUACCGCUGGUGAAGUUAGAGAUCUGCAAUGCUGACCAGGUGCUGAGGGCUUUUCUCUCUUGAACUUCACGACUACGUGUGAGGUGGUAAACAGCCGGGCGAUGGAGCACCUGGUGACAGAGCUGAACGUCCUGCUGAAGCUGCUGGACCAUGAAACACUGAGCUCUGCCACAGAGGAGAAGAAGAGUGCAGUCAGGAGCCUGCUGAAACAGCUGCAGCCCUCCGUGAACGGAACAGACUACAUGUACAUGAACACUUCUGUGUACAGAAACGGCACAAGUUUUGUGGAGUCCCUGUUUGAGGAGUUUGACUGUGACUUGCGCUCCUACAAAGACUCUGUGGAGGAGCAGAAAGCCUCUGGGGAAGAGGAGGUGCCCCAAACGCCCCCUCCUAAAUCGAGUCCAGCUGACACCCCACCCCCCCUUCCAACCACACCCCCUCCUGAGGAUUACUACGAGGAGGCUGUACCCCUCGGCCCUGGGAAGAUGCCCCAGUACAUCACCACCCGCAGCAACUCCAGUCCCCCCAACUCCAUCGAAGACGGGUACUAUGAGGAUGCUGAGAACACCUACCCCACCACACGGAUCAAUGGGCAGCGCAAGAACUCCUGUGAGCACUACAACGACUCGGACGCUCUGAGCAGCUCGUACGAGUCGUACGAUGAGGAAGAGGACGAGGGGAAGGCCCCGCGCCUGACGCACCAGUGGCCGUCGGAGGAGAACUCCAUGGGCCUGGCGAAGGACUGCCGGAUCUGCGCCUUCCUCCUGAGGAAGAAGAGGUUCGGCCAGUGGGCCAAGCAGCUGACCGUCAUCCGCCAGAACCGGCUGCAGUGCUACAAGAGCUCCAAGGACCGCAGGCCGUCCACGGACGUGCAGCUCAGCCUGUGCAGCGUCGCCUACGCGCCCAAAGAUGGCCGUCGCAAGAAACACGAGCUGCGCUUCUCUCUACCCGGCGGCGAGACGCUGGUGCUGGCCGUGCAGAGCAAAGAGCAGGCGGAGGGGUGGCUGCGGGUUAUCAGGGAAGCCAGCGGACAGAUCCAUGGCAGCAAUGGACUGGACACGCCCACCUCGCCUGUCAUCCAACAAAAGACUGACCCGGACAAGAGGCCGUUGGCUGAUAAACAGGCCUCUGACUCUGACAGUGUGGCAGCAACCGACACCGUCCCCUCCACCAGCGCCCGCGACACCCGCGAGGGGAAGGUGAAGCGGGGCGCUCUCUCUGAGCUGACGGAAUCAGUGAGUCGGGCGGCGGGGCGUAAGAUCACCCGGAUUAUCAGCUUCUCCAAAAAGAAGCCCCCGCUCCCAGGAGACCCCCGCGCGGAAGAGGACCCCCGCAGCGGGUACCUGGGCGUGCUGGUGAACCAGAGCUGGAGGGAGCGCUGGUGCUGUGUUCGGAGGGGGUCUCUGUUCCUCCACCGGGACAGGGGCGACCUGCGCACCCACCUCAGCGCCGUGGCCCUGCAGGGCUGCGAGGUCGUCCCGGGACUGGGCCCCAAACACCCCUUUGCCUUCCGCAUCAUGCGGGGGGGCAACGUGGUGACGGUGCUGGAGGCCAGCUGUUCUGAGGAGAUGGGGCGCUGGCUGGGUGUUCUGCUGGCUGAGACAGGCUGUGCUGCUGAUCCCGAGUCUCUGCACUAUGACUACGUGGACGUGGACACCAUCGCCAACAUCCGCGACGCCGCCCGCCACUCCUUCCUGUGGGCCACCUCCAGUGCUGAGGGCAGGACGUAUGAUGAGGUCCCGUAUGAGAGUGUGCAGGCAGAGGAGCAGGGGGCGGAGCCUAACGCCCCAGUGAGGAGACGCUCCUCCUUCUCCAGCAGAGAUACAGAGAAGCUGCAGCCCCAGGGCAGCGUGAAGAGGCACGGGUCCAACGCCAAUCUUUACGGGAAGUACGGGAAGACGCGGGCGGAGGAAGACGCACGGCGGUACCUGCAGGAGAAGGAGGAGCUGGAGAGGGAGCGGGACGGUGUCCGAAAUGCCCUGCUCCUCCUGCGCAAGGAGAGGAGGGAGGCCAAGGAGGAGCUGAAGAGCUCUGCCACGGGUAAGCACACGGCCCUGGAGGAGCGUGUGUCGCGGUUGGAGGAGAGCUGUAAGGAGAAGGAGGCGCAGAGGGUGGAGCUGGAGCUGAAGCUCAGCGUGGUGAAGGAGAACCUGAGGAAGUCUCUAGCAGGAGGAGCGCUCGGUGCUCCAGACGAGAGCCGUCCUGCCAGCAAGGUAAAAGGCGGGAAGGGCGAUGGUCACUACGGCGAUACUCUGCUGCCAGUCAACUGUGCGUCAGAACUGCGCAAGCGGCCACUCUCCAUCUACGCGUCCACCAAAGGAAACGUCCUGCAGAAGACCAAGGAAUGGGAGUCAAAGAAAGGAACCUAAAGGAAAUGAGGACCAAUGAGAAGGCUUGAACCAGAGGAGAACGUUUCUGUGUCAUGUGACUAAGAGGAAGAGAGAGAGAGGAUGCCCUUUGACCCUCACCCCCUCCUCUCUUUAGAAUGGUUUGGGUAGCUCCCUCCUGAUGGUUGUCAUCAUCGCAUAACAAACUGAGUUCCUGGAUGUAUUUCAUUCCCAGGGGGCAUCUUUCAACUCGCAUGCCUCUGCUUUACCACAGAGCAAGAGGACAAGUGCUUUGACCUCACCUCAAAGCUGAGUGGGGGUGUGUCUGUGAUCGAUGUGAAUGACAGGACGACACCUGUUCAGAUCUGGGGACUGAGCUGUCUGCAGAUGGAGGGGAAGUGCUUUUGAGCGAUUUGAAGGGAAACAUUUUUUGUGGUUUUGGAGAAUGAAUGCGCUGGGAUUUUCUGUUGCAGGCUGGUUCUGAACGGUCACCAAAUGGAAAGAAAAAAAUCGGUUUCACUGUGAGAUCUAUGAGACGAAAACACAAAUGAUCCAUGUUUAAGAGUAGUUUCAAGUCCUUAUUUUUUAAUGUACUGCUGUUGAGAGUGGAGGAGACAUUGAGUGUUUUGUACACGUCAUUUUUAUUCAGUCACAUUUUUUACACUGUGCAAUGUUGUCUCUUUGCUCUGAGAUAAGGGCGUCACAAACUUUAAACUCUUUCGCUGUAACUGGUGCUAAUGAACUCUCACUGAUGCAAACCUCUAAGGUUUAAACUCAUUGCAGAUGCUUCUGGUGCUGGACAUUUUUUAUAGUACCAGAGAUCAGUACCAUUGCUUAUGAAUCUGGACUGUAUAACCACUUAUAAAUGUAAUUAUUCCAAAAUAUCUAACAAAAACAAUGAGGUAUAAUGUUUCCGCAUAUUAUACAUCGUUGUUGCAUCUUUGAGCCUCUCACUAACCUUUGAACUUUGCACUUUACAGAUUUUUUUUUAAUUUAAUUUUUUUUAUUUUUUACUUGGAGAUGGUUAAGGGAUAAAUACAAAUUAAAUCACGACUUUCUGUACUGAU